GCGUACUUGUUAUUCGUGACAAGUGUGAUCGACAAAAGUUCCUAGUGUACGCGGAAGUUUUGAACAACAUUUGUCAUUCGUGACAGAUGAGUCAAAUAUCAAACGCGUUUGAUAUUUUUUGUCACGAGUGACAAAAAAUCCUAGUGUGCGGAGAGCAAGCAGCAAGUGCGCUGUAAAUGACAAGAAUGCGCACGCGCGAGAUUGAGAAAACAAAAUGGCAGAUUUGUUGAACGCGUUGAACUCAUUGUUGGACGACGACAAUUUCUCAGAGGACGAAGAAGCGCUGCUACUACUUUUAUUGCUACGAAGACGUCGUAGAAGGUUAAGGGCAGCAAAUCGUAAAAUAUGGACGAAACAGUGGCUCUUAAGAAGAAAAACACAAGGUGUCUGUGAUAAUUUAUUGAGAGAGCUCGCAGUAGAAGAUCCUGAACAGUUCCGGCAGUAUCAUAGAUUGGACAGGCAAUCAUUUGAAGAUAUUUUGAAGAUUGUUUUUCCAUACAUUGUGAAACAAGACACGCAAAUGAGGACAGCGUUAAAACCUCGCGAACGACUGGCAGUAACCCUGCGAUUUCUUGCAACAGGUGAAACAUUUCGUAGUCUGUCAUUCCAGUUUAAAAUUGGCGAGCAUACAAUUUCGAAUAUUGUUGAGGAAACAUGCCAUGCUUUGUAUAUCUCGUUAAAUGAAACUUGAUUGGAGACUCCAUCUAGUGCAGAAGAAUGGAAGGCUGUUGCAGACCAAUUUGAAAAAAAAUGGAACUAUACUGGCUGCAUUGGAGCUCUAGAUGGGAAACACAUAGCCAUACAACAACCAAAUAGUAGUGGAUCAGAAUUUUUCAACUACAAGCAUUUUUUCAGUGUUUUGCUUUUAGCUCUAGUAGAUGCAAACUACAAGUUUGUCUAUGUCAAUGUUGGAGCAGCAGGCCGUGCAUGAGAUGCUGGCGUGUAUAAUGAGUCUAGCUUGCGAAAAGCUGUUGUUGAAAAUACUCUUGGUCUACCAUUACCAAUUGAAAUUCCAGGAUUUUCAUCAAAAAUACAUUACCACAUUGUGGGUGAUGAUGCUUUCCCAUUGAGCAAAACAAUGAUGAAGCCAUUCCCUCACAGGAAUUUAAAUAAAGAGAAAAGAGUCUUUAACUAUAGAUUGUCUCGUGCCAGACGGGUAGUAGAAAAUGCUUUUGGGAUUCUUGCCAGCAGAUGGCGUGUGUUCCUAACUACAAUAAGAUUGUGUCCUGACAAGGUUACCUAUCUAAUUCUAGCUGCUUGUUGCUUGCAUAACUAUAUGAUAGAAAAGAAUAAAUUAGGUUAUACAGCACCAGCAGAUGUA